AUGGCGGCGACGCCAUGGCAACGGCACCUGGGCGUGGUUAUGCCAGACACAAAGAUGGCGGCGGCGCCAUGGCAACGGCACCCGGAUGUGCCCAACACAAAGAUGGCGGCGCUGUCAUGGCAACGGCACCCGGAUGUGCCCGACACAAAGAUGGCGCAGCGUCUCCAUGGCAACGCGGCUCUGCCCGGCACAAAGAUGGCGGCGACGCCAUGGCAACGGCACCUGGGCGUGGUUAUGCCAGACACAAAGAUGGCGGCGGCGCCAUGGCAACGGCACCCGGAUGUGCCCAACACAAAGAUGGCGGCGCUGUCAUGGCAACGGCACCCGGAUGUGCCCGACACAAAGAUGGCGAUGGCGGCGGCCCCGGCGGUGCGGGCCGGGCCCGAUGCCGGUGCGGUGGCGGCGAUGGCGGCGCGCGGCGCCGAGGCCGAGGCGCUGUUCGAGGCGCACACGGCGGCCGAGCUGCGGGCAGUGACUCCAGCUGAGUGUGGGGCUCAGGCAGUGACUCCAGCUGAGUCUGGGGCCCAGGCAGUGACUCCAGCUGGCUCCCCUGGCAGAUCCACCAUCCUGCAGGAGAGCAAGGCCCUGCUGCGCUGCCGGACGGGCUCGGACCAGGCGGUGGCAGAAGCCCUGUGUGCCAUCAUGCUGCUGGAGGACAGCUCCCCACGGCAGGCCCUGGCUGAUUUCCUGCUGGCCAGGAAAAUGGCCAUCCAGCAGCUGCUCAACCAGCCACACCACGGUGCAGGUAUCAAAGCUCAGGUGUGCUCCCUGAUGGAGCUGCUCACCACCACGCUGUACCAGGCCCACGCUCUGUUCUACACCGUGCCUGAGGGGAUGGCCCCAGACCCAGCCCUGCCCUGUGGAUUGCUCUUCUCCACCCUGGAGAGCAGCACGGGCCAGAACCCUGCAGGCAGAGGAGGGGUGCUGGAGGAGGAUCUGAAGCUGAGCAGCUGGUUCAAGUACCUGCCUGAGUCUGUGGUGGAAUUCCAGCCAGCCCUACGGACCCUGGCACACCCCAUCAGCCAGGAGUACCUCAGGGAGACCCUGCAGCAGUGGAUCAACAUGUGCAGUGAUGACAUCAGGACAGGGGUCAGGACCCUGCUGGUGUUCGUGAAGAGCAUGAAGGGGCUGGCAGGGAUCCGUGAUGCCGUGUGGGAGCUGCUGUCCAGCGAGCCCAGCAGCCACAGCUGGGAGCCCGUGUGCCGGCGCCUGCUGGGCAGACCUGUGUCCUUCUGGGAGGAGCUGCUGCAGCAGCUCUUCCUGGACAGGCUGCAGACUCUGACCAAAGAAGGCUUCGACUCCAUUUCAAGCAGCUCCGAGCAGCUGCUGGCCGUGGCCCUGCAGGAGUUGGAGGUGCAGGGCAGCAGCGGUGCCCCGAGCAAGCAGAUGCAGCUGGAGCACGACGUGGCUCUGUUCCUGUGGUCGGAGAGCCCCGGGGACCUGCCCGGGGACGCAGCCUGGCUCAGCGUGGGCCAGCGCGGGCCCUUCCCCCGCGGCGGGCUGGCCAUGAAGGCACAGGCCCUCACCCCCUGCGUGCAGAGCUUCUGCUCCUGCCUGGACUCCAAGCUGAAGGCCAGGCUGGAGGACGUGCUGUGCUACCUGCCCCAGGAGGGCUCCGCGCCCCGGCAGCCGCCGCGCUCUGCCUUCGACCGGGGGGGGCAGGCCCUGCCCGAGCUGUGCCCUCACCUGCAGCGCUGCGUGCUGGGCCGGGCCGAGGUGCCCAAGGAGCCGCGCUCUGCCAAGAAGCUGGGCAAGGGCAAAGGCCAGGAGGUGUCCCCUGAGCUGGCCAAGUGGCAGGGGGUGAAGGCAGAGCUCCUGCAGCAGAGCCUGUUGGCUUAUCAGCUCUGGAGCUCGGCUGUCAGCAAAGGCUUGGUUGAGUGCUUCACCCACACACUGCUGCUCGACACAGCUGGGUCUGUGCUGGCCAUGGCCACCAACUGGGAUGAGAUUGAAAUCCAGGAGGAAACAGAGUCUGGGAGCAGCGUGACAUCAAAGAUCCGGCUGCCUGUGCAGCCCUCGUGGCACGUGCAGUGCCUCCUGUUCAGCCUGUGCCAGGAGCUGAACAGGGUGGGUGGGCACACCCUGCCCAAGGUCACCCUGCAGGAGCUGCUGAGGAGCUGCAUGGCAGAGGUGCUCGCUGCCUACGAGAAGCUGCUGGAGCAGAAGCAGCAGAAGAGGCCAGACAGCUUCCCCCUGACCCAGAGCAGGGCUCUGCAGCUGCUCUACGACCUGAGGUACCUCAGCACCAUCCUGACAGCCAAGAGUGAGGACACAAAACCCAGCAGGAUCAAGCAGGACUCCGGGAUUGAGAAGAUCAUCGACUUCCUGGAGGGACACAUCGAUCCCUUCGACCUGGACGUGUUCACCCCACACCUGAACAGCAACCUGAACCGCCUGGUGCAGAGAACCUCGGUUCUCUUUGGCCUGCUGACUGGGACAGAACACCAGUACACGAGCAGGGGUGCCACACCAAGCUCACAGGAGCUCCACAACAUCCUGCCCUUAGCAUCCAGCCAGAUCAGGUUUGGACUUCUGCCACUGAGCAUGUCGAGCUCACGGAAGAGCAAGGCCACUGCCAGGAGCACAGAAAGAGCCCAGGAGCAGGCUGCAGCUGCCGUGCUGCCCAGGGAGGAGGAGGCAGCACGGCCAGGCUCCCUGUUCCGGCAGCUCCUCAGCGACGACGAGGAGGCGGCGCCGUCGCUCUUCAAGCUGGGCUGGCUCUCGGGCAUGAGCAAGUGAGGCAGCAAACAAUAAAACUGCUCUGGCUGUUUGUCCUCA